UUUAUUUAUAUCACAAAGAUAAUGAAUGCGUCAUUUAAAGAGCCUUCCCGAAUUCAUAUUACUUUAUAUAAAAUGCCAUCCACAACUCUGGCACCAUGUAUUAUUAAUACAUCAAGAAAGAGAGAUGGAGAUGGAGGAAGGGAUGAUGAACUAUGCCGGCGCCGGCUCCGGCCAGAAAUUGGAAGGAGAAUUGGGGAGAUUCAUUAAAGUAUCAACAUCUGUGGUAAUAUCUCUUUCCUAUUGUUUUAUAGCCGGAAAACUCAUAAGAAAAGGCAAACCAAGGCUAUUCUCUUUUAUCCCCAUUGUAAUUUUCUUUCUAACCCUCCCUUUAAGCCUUCAAUCCGUUCAUCUUUGUGGCUCGGUCGCCUUCUUCGUCACCUGGCUCGCUAACUUCAAAAUCCUCCUCCUCGCUUUCGAUAAAGGCCCUCUCUCUGACCCUUCUCUUUCCCUUUCCCGUUUCAUAGCUCUCGCUUGCUUCCCAAUUAAAAUCGAUCGCAAGAGUAGUAAUAAUCAAUCGUCGACGUCGUCUAAAAAGGUCAAUAGUUCGGUUUGGAUUUACCUCAUCAAGUGUUUGCUAGUAUCACUUUUCAUUAAAAGCAAGUACAAUAGUAGAAACCUUAACCCAACCUUAGUAUUGGCAAUCCUUUGUCUCCACACGUAUCUAGUUCUCGAGCUAACCAUGGCCCUAGUCGCAGCUAUUAGCCGUUUUUCAUUAGGUUUAGACCUCGAGGCUCAAUUCAACGAGCCUUACUUGUCUAGCUCGUUACAAGAUUUUUGGGGACGUAGAUGGAACGUGAUGGUGUCUCGUAUCCUACGGCCCACCGUAUACGAUCCCACUAUGUGGGUCGCCUCUCGUUUUGUGGGGAGGAAGUGGGCUCCGCUAGUGGCGGUGUUUAACACAUUCAUUGUGUCGGCAAUCAUGCACGAGAUAAUCUUUUUGUAUUUGGGAAGGAGGAGGCCGACGUUUAUGAUUAGUUGGUUUUUUGUCUUUCACGGGUUUUGUUUGGUGGUUGAGAUUACGUUAAAGAAAUUGAACGAGGGUUGUGGCGGAUUUGGAUUGCCGAGGAUGGUGGCGACUAUUUUAACUAUGGGAUUCGUUUUGGUGACGGCUUCGUGGUGGUUUUUUCCCGAAAUAAUUCGAUGUAAGGCGGAAUCUAGAGCUUUUGAUGAAUACGCAAUUGUGGGCGCCUUCUUUAGAAGGAGAAUUAUUGGGGAUUUCAAAUUCAUGUAAACUAAAGUUGUGUGUUUCAACCAACGCCAAUUGUUAGUUUAUUGUUCACACCAAUUGUAUGACGUACAAAUCAUAUUAUAUAAAAUAUUGAUGUUUAC